AUGAAAAACCACAGCGGAGUGGGUGGAGUGGGUCGUCGCUGGAAAAUCACCGGUGGACACAUGGAGAAGGAGAAUGCUUCCAGAUUUAAGUUUACCAACUUUGUUUGCGAUUCAAGAAAUGAAUCCUUGCUCUUGGUGCACAAGUGUCGCUUAAAGGCAGUCCGGCGGGACCUAACUACACUGAACUUCAAUGGGACUUUACUGAAAACCAUUUAUAAUGUCCGAGUACAUGGUCAAAUGUUCAAGAGGGCUAAUGGCUACAAGCCGUGGCUCUACAACAUUACCAUAGACGGCUGUCGAUUUGUGCGGAAACCCUACGAACCAGUGGUUCUACUGGUUUACAACCUAUUCAAAUCGUUCUCAAACUUCAAUAGGCCAUGUCCCUACGACGGUCCAGUCUACGUAAUGGGAUUCCACAUCAUAGGGGCUCAGAUUCCAGUUCCACUUCCCUCUGGUGAAUACCUAAUUUUAAUUAAGUGGUAUACCGAUAAUAUACUAUUCAUUUCCACUGGUGUAUAUUUUGCAUUCGAAGAGAAUUGA